CUUAAAGGACCAUAGUCGUGAAUCGCAUGUGCGCCCCUUCAUUCUCAGGGGGUGGCGAUACGCCAGCACUUUAUGGGACGGCGAUACCCCAUCCAAAAUUGAAGUAUAUUAUGUACUUGGAUAAAUGGCGGUGGUAUUUGGGGGGAGGUCGUGGUUGAUGUUCCUGUAAGGCCCCCUUUAGGGUCGCGUUUGAAUUUGGGUAGCCUGACCUCGGGGGCUACCGGAGCUCAUCCGGCAUUGCCAGAUACGACUGUGUACUGCUGAAUCCCUAUUGACUAUAAUGGGAUCUGGUGGAGACCCGGCAAUCAAAGGUUUCUGUCUGGCCGAUUCCCAGCAUAUUUGCCAGAUCUCUGCCAGAUUCCAUUAAAGUCAACGGAGAUCCAGGAGUACACAGUCGUAUCUGGCAGUGCCGUUACGGUGAGCUCUGGUAGCCUGAUCCCCAGCUGGGGCCUUAGUAAUCUGAUCUCGGUGUUUAUGUAACGGCUGAUAGAUUGACAAUGGCUUGUUCAGGGAUCAGUGUAAUCAGGCGUCGUUGUUUCAGGUCUGACUACCGUGACUGUUGACACUGAAGAUCCUGUGUGUCGUCAUCAUUGAGAACUCGGCAAAUUACCCGCGAGGUGCAAGAGCUGCCGAAUUCAGCAUUAUUGGUGGUGACCAUAUUCGUGAAAGCAAUGGCGUUUGCGGCACUGAGAGACGAGCUGAACUGCUCUAUCUGCCUGAGCAUCUACACGGAUCCGGUCACCCUGAGGUGCGGCCACAACUUCUGCUGGGCCUGUAUCGAUCGUGUGCUGCAUACCCAGGAUGGCGGUGGUGUUUACGUGUGCCCAGACUGCAGAACCGAGUUUCCGGAGCGUCCGGCACUGCACAAAAACUUAGCUCUCCGUAAUAUAGCUCAGAGUUUCCACUGUAAUCAGGAUGAGGGGGAAGCGGUUGGCAUCUUCUGCACUUACUGCGACUCUUCCGUACCUGCCGUUAAAACCUGUCUACAAUGCGAAGCUUCUUUGUGUGACAAGCACUUGACUAAACACAGCAAGUCGGGUGAUCACAUCUUAAUGGAACCUACAGCUUCCCUGGAGAAUCGGAAAUGUUCCACCCAUAAGAAGAUGUUGGAGUACUACUGCACUGAGGACUCCACCUGUAUCUGUGUCACCUGCUGCCUGGCUGGAAAACACAAAGGACACCAGGUAGAACCAAUAGACGAGGUCUCUGAGAAGAAAAGAAUGAAACUCAUAAACAUCUUGGAAAAACUGACCUCAAAGCGAGAGGAGACUGAGAAACGAGUACAGAACCUAGAAGGGCAAAAGCUGAAAGUUAAAGAAAAGGCAGCUGGAGAAUUGAAGAGAGUCGCUUCCAUAUUCAAAUACAUCAGGAGACUUCUUGAAGACCUGGAGAAGAGUGUGCUAUGUGAGAUCUCCAGGCAGAUGGAUCAGGUGGUUGCCUCGGUCUCCGAACUCAUCCAGAAGAUAGAAUCACAGACGGAAGAGCUGUCCAGAGAGAUUUCCCACAUUGAGGAGCUGUGUCUCCUGACGGAUCCGUUAACCCUCCUCCAAGAACGCAAAUCUGAAAAAUAUGGCCUUUAUGGUGCUGAGGAACGAGGGAACGAAGACCAAAGACAAGCCAGUAAAUCGUUUGAAUAUGUGACUGAUCUGGAUAAAGUGUUAACCUCCAUGACAUUACAUACGGGGUUAGCCGAUAUAGCAGCACAUUUCAAGAAGGGUCUCCAUAUUGUGGAGGUGUCGGACCUACUGCUAGAUAUUGACACAGUUGCCAAUUAUGUGCACAUCUCAACCGACCUGAAAACCGCUAGUUAUUCGAGUAAUCAAAAAUAUCCAGAAUCUCUCAAAAGGUUUGAGGACUGUCAGGUUCUGAGCACCAGAACCUUCUCAUCAGGGCGCCAUUACUGGGAAGUGGAAGUUAGCAAAUUAGGACACUGGAUGAUAGGAGUGUGUUACCCCAGUAUAGGCAGAACAGGGGACCAGUCGUACAUCGGGAGCAACGAGAAGUCCUGGUGUUUAUCCAGGUCCAAAUCAAAGAAGCAACAUUAUUCAGUGAUGCAUCACGGGAAGGGUAUCCACUUACCCGGCAAGGCUUCCAGUCAGAGAUUAGUGAUAUAUCUUGAUUAUGAGGUUGGACGGUUGUCCUUCUAUGAGCUGUGUGAACCGGUUAGACACCUGCACACUUUCACUGCUGCUUUUACCGAGCCUCUUCAUGCUGCCUUUUACAUAUGGGAUGAGUGGGUGACGAUCAGGAGCUAGGAUCCAGGUGGCAUAUGGAAGGGUUUAUUGUGGGCUUUACCACUUGUAAAGUUCUAGGUCAGAAGAUCUGAUUGGUAGCAAGUCGAAAACCCUGUGAAUUCCUGAAUACAAGAAACCAUCUUGCUUUAGACAGAACCCAUUAGAACUACAGUAGACUGAGAUUCCCGUCGCUGACCAACCUCGACGAUUUACUAUCCCGCAAUCCCACCGUUGAAAUCAGCAAUGAGGUGCCCACAAUUUGCUUUCCAGUGACAGAGGAGAUGGACCUACAAGGACGCCAUCUUCUGUCAUGUCUCCUAUUGGUGUAUUUCCCCUACGACUAAUUUCUUAAAAAGGUAUCCCACAUGAUAUAUGCGGUUAAUGUCCAAUAGAUACGGGUCUCGCCUCUGGAACCCACAUCUGCCUUGACAAAAAAAGUCCCUCAUCCAGUCCAGCCACAUCCAGCCUGCGAAUAAAAGCAGAGGUGGUGGGAUUACAGAAACAGCUAAACUGGCCGUACUGCUUGGUUUCCAAAUCUUCCAUGCAAUAACAAAGCAAACUCCAUUGUUUCUGUAAUCCCUGACACCUCUGCUGCAGCCUGAAUGUGUGGCCAUUAGUAGAUUCUCCAUUGAGCGGUGGUUUGUAGGGCGCUACCUUAUUGUGCACUAUGAGUAACCAUUGGUGCAUUUACCAUUAAUUUGAAUAUGUUUGGUUUCUCUGUCCAGUUUUUAUGCCUUGCCUUUUUUUGCUGCAUUACAUACAGCGAUACAACAGGCGA